AUGACCACCUACAUACCCUACCUCACUAUACCCCACGAGGUCUUCUCCAAUGCCGCCGCUUCGGUGCUGCUCCCCAUCGCCCUGGGGACCGGCGUAGGCUUCAGCACCCGACCCUCCCAGACCCAGAACACGUACCGGCUGAUGAAGCAGCCGCCGCUGCGCCCGCCGCCGCAGGUCUUCGGGCCCGUGUGGACGCUGCUGUACGGGCUGAUGGGGUACGCGGCGCACCGGGCGGUGACGGCGGGGCUCAACCCGCUGACGUCGACGGUGGGCGGCGUGCAGACGGCCAAGCACGCCGCCACGCUGUACACGAUCCAGCUGGGGCUGAACCUGGCCUGGAUGCCGCUGUUCUUCGGCCUGCGCAAGCCCGUCGCCGCCCUGGCCGACAUCGCCGGCCUCGUCGGCAUCAACGGCUACCUGACCUACCUGUUCUUCCAGCUCGACGAGGUCGCCGGCUGGCUGUACGUCCCCUACAUGGCCUGGCUGGGCUUCGCGACCUAUCUAAAUGCCGGUGUCGGCGUCAUGAACAACUGGAGAAUCACGGACGAUGAUCUUCUGAAGAGGAAGAACGUAUAA